GAGAAAUAAAGGCGUAUUCAAACUCUUCUCGAAGAUAAGUCGGUUUGUUUUCGUGUCUGUUUCACUCUUACAAACUUUGUUCGUACGCCUCUUUUCUUUAACUACUCUUCUCCCUCUCUCUCUCUCUCUCUCUCUCUCUUCGUCUUUCUACUCGUAUCUUUAUCUCUCUUACUUUCGUUCUCGUUCUCCUGUCGCAUGCGUACGCGUAGAAACGUGAGUCAUCGUUGAAAGAAGAAGAAGAAGAAGAAGAAGAAGAGAUGGUGGACCUUGUCGCGAAUCUAAAUAAAUACGGGCAUGCUCGCUCACGAAGACGAAGACGAAGACGAAGACGAAGACGAAGACGAAGACGAAGACGAAGACGAAGACGAAGACGAAGACGAAGACGAAGACGAAGACGAAGACGAAGAUGAAGAUGAAGAAGGAGAAUACGAAAACGAUCCGAAGGAAAAGAGGAAAGAGAAGUGCGCAAGGGUGCGCCAAGCUUACGAGACAUCGCUUAGAAAUGCCGUGGCAGACGGAUAAUGGAUGUUCGAGCGUCUUUCUAGGCAGAGGAAGUAGGUAACGUUCGCGCUAUGGUUCCGGCGAAUGAUGCAGCCGUUGGUUGGAAAUAGAGGGGUUGGAUCUACAAGGACGUGGUUAGAGAAGCCACAUAGAUUGAUGCCUUUGUACUCCAUGGAUUAAUAAUUAAUUAUAGCUGGUAAGCUAACCAAGCCUAAUUAGGGAAAGUACACGAAGGCAAGAUAUAAGCGAACUAUGCUUUUAUGCCCUAUGUUCCCUAGG